UCUCAACCUCUUUGAUCAUUUCCCCAAUUCACUGGCAGUUUCCGAGGCCACGUGAGCAACGGUGAACAGUCACUUAUCUAGAAGUACCCAAGCCCCCCCGCCUAGCUCGGCUACUUUAGGUACCCAGUCCAGCGCAAGCAGUCAAAGGGAUCUCCCUCCUUCUCCACCACCACCAUCAUCAUCCAUCAAUACACCUUCAACCUCCAAACCAACUCAACACCAGAAUACCACCGUCACCACUCCUACCACUACCCCCGAAUCCUUCGUCAACACCAGUCAAGAUGCGAUCCAAGUUUAAGGACGAACACCCUUUCGAGAAGCGCAAGGCUGAGGCCGAACGCAUCGUAAGUACUCCCGCAGCUUCCCCCCCACGAUAACCCCAUCCCCAUCACAUCUUCACGACAACUAACUUCGCCUUUCGACAUCACAGCGCCAAAAGUACUCCGAUCGCAUCCCGGUCAUCUGCGAGAAGGUCGAGAAGUCAGACAUCGCGACCAUCGACAAAAAGAAGUACCUCGUCCCCGCUGAUCUCACCGUCGGCCAGUUCGUCUACGUGAUCCGCAAGCGCAUCAAGUUGUCGCCCGAGAAAGCCAUCUUCAUCUUCGUCGACGAGGUCCUGCCACCUACCGCCGCUCUGAUGUCAAGUAUCUACGAGGAACAUAAAGACGAGGACGGGUGAGUCUCCUUUUCCCUUUCUCUCCCUUCCCCAGAAAUGACGACGCCUUCGGAAUGGCGGUGGCGGGGUAUACAAGGGGAAGCUGUAACAAGCCAACAAAUCAUGGGAACAUCAAAAUAGCUGACCAACAUUUUUUCAUCACAACAGAUUCCUUUAUAUUUCCUACUCUGGCGAGAACACUUUCGGAUCAUUCGAGACUUCGUAAAUCACUCCUUCUCGGAUAACAUAAAUCCCUUUGCGAACGUUCUCUUCCCCGGC